AUUACAUUCCACGUCAACUUUUUGACAGCUUGUUCGCGGAUCUGCUGUUUGUUCCUUAAAUUCGUAUUAAUUUUAGAAAGAAAAACAAUCAAAAUGAUUACUGUGUUAAAUUCAAUUGAUACCGGCCACGAGGAUAUGAUACACGACGCAGAGCUGGACUACUAUGGGUUGAGACUAGCCACGUGUUCAUCGGAUAACUCGGUGAAGAUUUAUGACAUCAAAAGCGGCGCCCAAACACUUGCAGCUGACUUGAAAGGACACUUCGGUCCCGUGUGGCAGGUGGCCUGGGCUCACCCGAAGUUUGGAAAUCUGUUAGCGUCAUGUUCCUAUGAUAGAAAAGUGAUAAUAUGGAAGGAGACCGGGGAGUGGACAAAAUUGUACGAGUAUACAGGUCACGAGAGCUCGGUCAACUCGGUGGCGUGGGCGCCUGCGGAAUAUGGGCUCGUGCUGGCGUGCUGCAGCUCCGACGGCUCCAUCUCCGUGCUGACGUACAACCAGGACGGAAACUGGGAUGUGAAGAAGAUAUCCGGCGCGCAUGCCAUUGGCGUUAAUUCCAUAAGUUGGUGUCCUGCUAUCUCUGCAGAACUUAACUUGGACCCACUUAAUAAUAAGGAUGCACCCAAGAGAAUUGUUUCUGGUGGAUGUGAUAAUUUAAUCAAGAUUUGGAGAGAGCAAGGAGACCAAUGGGUUGAAGAGAAUCGCUUGGAAAUGCACAUGGACUGGGUGAGAGAUGUUGCAUGGGCACCUUCCCUGGGACUACAGCGAUCCAUGAUCGCCAGCUGCUCACAGGAUAAGAGAGUCGUCAUCUGGACCAGCGACGAUAAUGUCUCCUGGACACCCACCAUUCUGAAUACAUUUGAUGAUGUUGUGUGGAGCGUGAGCUGGUCUCUAACAGGCAACAUCCUGGCUAUCUCGGGAGGUGAUAACAAAGUUAGCCUCUGGAGAGAGGGCAGCGAUGGCCAGUGGGUGUGCAUCAGUGAGGUAGCUAAGGGAUUGGGACAAACACCAAAUGAUGAGAGGAGUACACUUUAACACAUUCGACACCGCGUACCCGACUCUCGGGCACUCGUAAACUUUACUCAGAUGCCGGCAUACCCGCUAGUCGGGCAAGAGCUAUAAACCUACACGCGACGCCGAAGUGCCCGACAGGCGGGCAAGCAUUGCAUCUUCACUACCUCAGGGCUGCCAUUGCCACUAACAGAAAAAAUUGUAAGUCUUCUGAUUAUUAUGUGGUCGAAAAGUUGGUACAGUUGAUUAUUAUAUUUUAUUACUUCACUUUGUAUUUUUAUUUACUUUACCUAAUGCGAUUACAAAAUAAAAAUUCUUAUUAGUUGGUUACGUGAAAUUGCAUACACGGGUAUGUAUCAAUAGGAGUUAGAAUUAGGAGAAGAACAAAACGGGGAGCCUAAACAGAUGAGACAGCAGAUUUAAUUUUAUCCACGUACUUAUACAAAAGUUACUUGGCACAGCCCUGAGCGUCCGCCGCUUGCCCGACUAGCGGGUUCGCGGCGUGCGGCAUUGAGUUGCACGUCGUUGCCCGACUAGCGAGUACUGUCGGUUUCUGGGGUAUUGUUUGAAAUUUUGCCUGGUUGCGAAAGUGUUAAUUUUAAACUAAUUGUAUUACUAAAUCUUGUUAUGUAAGUAUAUGUAAUGAUUUGCUAAUAGUAAUAAUUAUUGUUCUUUAUAAAAGUUGUCUUUUUCACUGGAACCUCUUAAAAGUAAGGAUAAUGUUGCUUGAUAUUAUGAACACCUAUUGAAUCAUUUAACAUUCCCAAAGCAAACUGAAUAUGUAUUAAAUAUUGUAAAUAAUUAAACAAAAAUUGAAUUCAGCUAUAUGAAGUACUUGCCUUUCUGA